AUGGGUGGGGCGGCUGGGUACGGGUCUAGUGGCGGAUUAAGGGUGAGGUGGCAGAUCUGGCUGGGGCGGCGGGCUACAGGACGCGUGGGGCGCGGGGCAGCAGGGUGCGUUAGCAGCAGGGGGCGCGCGGUAAGCAGGGCGCACGGGGCGAGGGCAGCAGGGCGUGCGGGGCGCGGCAGGGCGCGCGGGGCGCGGGCAGCGCAGGCGCGCGGGCUGGGCAGCUCGCGGGCUGCAGGGCGCGCGGGGCGCAGCAGGGCGCGCGGGGCGCGGACAGCGCAUGUGCGCGGGCUGCAGGGCAGCACGGGCUGCAGGGCGCACGGGCAGGGCGCGUUGGCAGCAAGAGCGCGUGGGCAGCAGGCGACGCGGGCUGCAGGGCGCACGGGCAGCAGGGCGCACGGGUUGCUGGGCGCGCAGGCUGCAGGGCGCGCUGGCAGCAUGGCGCACGUGGGGCGCAGGGCAGCAGAGCGCGCUGGCAGCAGAGGCGCGCGCAUGCAGCAGGGCUCACACGGGCAGCGAGCGACGUGGGCAGCAGAGGCGCGCGCGGGCAGCAGGCAACGCAGGCAGCAGGCGCGCGUGGGCUGUAGGGCGCAUGCGGGGCGCAGGGCAGCGUCGGCCAUGAGACUUAGGAGAGCAGCAGUCAAAUUAUACUUUGGGCAAAAGAAAAACAGUGAUACUCUCUGGCGCAUGCGGGGCGCAGGGCAGCAGGGCGCGCUGGCAGCAGAGGCACGCACGGGCAGCAGGCGACGCGGGCAGCAGAUGAGCGUGCGCAGGCUGCAGGGAGCGCAGGCAGGAGGAAACGCGGGGCGCGGGCAGCGCGAGCAGCUGCGCGCGCGGGUAGCACCUAGGGCAGCGCGUAGGGCAGCGUGUGGGACAGCACGCGAGACAGGGCAGGUGCGAACGCGUGGGGCAGGGUGGCUCUAG